UAUUUUUGGCAGUCAGAAGAGUUUGGCUCCAUCUAGUGUGUAUUCGCUGCUCAUGCAGACAGGCGUCGCCUCUGAAUCCGCUCUACUGUAAUGUAUUUUCAGUUAAAAUGAGUGUGUGUGAUGUUCAUUCAUCAUCGCAGAGAGAAAAUCACUCAGUCUGCCCGUGACAUGAAUCAGUCUCCUCUAAGUCGAGCCUGAAUCGGCUCCUUUCUGGGACACUUUUUCUCCGUACUGAGAAUUUUCUGGCAUAUUAGAGGCGACUGUGGAAGCUCCAAUUGUUGGCAAGUGUUGACAUGCUGAUUGUGUUAGGGCCCACUAAGUGGCAGCUUCAGCUGACAGCCACAGAUGGUGCUCCUAGAUUACAGAGUGACCCCCACCACCCCCUACCCAGUUGCCAUGCAUCAUGCCAUAGGCGGUGGAAUAAUACAGUGCAACUCCCCGUCACCGAGAGCUUCGGUGAGGACCAGAAAGUGUGGGCAGAAGCUACCCACUUCCAUUACUGUGCUGUAUAUUGAUGAGUGAGUGGAGCUCGAUUUGGAGUCGAGGCGUGUUUGUAAUCUAUUUUUAUAGUGAGGAUGUGCAGGAGGAAGCUUUUAGGAAAGCUCAAGGGGAGAUUCAUCACUCCGGUUCACCUUUCUUUUGUUGUGUGUGUGUGUGUGUGUGAAGCUACUUCACGUUGCAGUGAGUAAGAAUUGUUGUAAAAGCCAGUGUGUAAAUCACACCGAGGUUCAUCCACGGUUGUGUAAAUGUGGAACCUGCUCAAGUUUGAGUGUGAAAAUAACCGAAAGCAUCCCUUUUUAUAGAGGCGAUCCAUCAAAUUAUAAUCUUUUGCUCAAUUCUAUGUAGAGGAGAUGAGCUAUAAGUGUGUUUUCUAUGUCCUGUGUUGCUCCACGCUUGGAAAAACUCUAGUUCCUUGCUGCCACAUGGCGUGCCAUACGGUGUUGAGUUGACGUGGUGUCCAGCCUGAGUUCCUGCCACCCUUUCUGGCUCUUCGAACAAGGGAGUCAUGUACAGGCAGCUCACAGCUUUCAGUCACAGCCAUGUGUCUCCGUCUGAGCAGAGCCGUGCUCAGGCCACAGGGACGAGGUAAACAGUCUGGGCUCCAGAUAUUCUCUGUGAAUGAUAAAGUUUGUGUUGUUAAAGUCUUCGUUUGCUCAUUAGAUCUUCCCGAGCGGCAGCUGGCGGCUACAGCUACUCACUCACAGCAGCCGGCUGCAGGUGCUUAGAAGUCGUGGAAGGUGGCUGUGGGCUGAAACGCUGCUCCUUGUCGUCGUUGCUGUUCCUCCCAGUGUGUCUCCGCCUGUUGGUAUUCCUCUCGAGUGGAGGCAGUAAUUACAGGCUGGCUGAGUGCAAAGGGGCUGCUGAUGAAGAGGAGACCUGUUGACUGGGGAGGGAAUCGAAAUGCCUGCUCCAACACUAGAGGUGCUCGAGAUUCCUGUCAACAUCGUGGAAGAGGUACAUCGGUCAGAGAUGAUUCCUCAUGAAGUCUAUGGAGCUCAUUUGUUGAGCUGGAGUCACUCCAUCUACUCUGGUGUGAGACCUGGAGCCGUCCACCAGUGAACACAAAGAGCAUCAGAGCCGCAAAGCACAAAGAAAGGCUGGACAAAACCACUGGUGAGAUAGUAGCCUCAGAGGAACCUACAAGUCAUACCGGGGGAUAUUAAUACCACAGUGGCAAAAUGAAAGCCAACCAAGAGCGGAGUAAUGGAUGCCUGCCUCCUAAGAAGCGGGAGAUCUUGGCCCUGGAGCAGAGGCCGGUGGUUGUCGCUACAGCAACACCUCCGGCUGCAGUGACUGCUGAUAGUCCACAUACAGAAAACCUAGCGUGGCUGGCCAGUGUAGCCAGUGAACGCUGCAAGUCCAGAGAGGUAGAGAGUCCGAGAUGUCAUGUCUCCUCUACAUCCUCCUCGUCUUCACCUUCCACUUCUAUUCCCUCCUCAGCCACCCCUCUAUCUGCAGUGCCCUUGGCGUCUCUACCUGCAGCCUACCCCACAGCUCUUCCCCAGCAAGCCGGGACGAUCCAGUUUGCUCAGCUGGGACCCAACGUUCAGUUCAUCAGCUCUGGUCCCUACGCCGGCUACAUCUCUUCUCACAUCAUCUCAACGAAUGCUAAUUCUGCACCCAACAGCUCUGCCAUAGUCGGACAGCGUCCCCAGCUGGAUGGUUACACCACUGCCCUCAUCUCCCCCAACACCAAGGGGGAGCAGCAGUUCCAGAUAGGCCUCUCCCCGACAGAGCUGGCUCCCGCAUCGCUACCGAGCUCUCCUCAAGUCACCAGCCAGUACAUCCAUCUGGACAGCAGAACACCUCUGACUGUCAGUGGAAAUGCCGUCACCUCACCCGCGGCCCACCUCCAGCUCCACCCUCACACCGCCGUCCUCCCCCAGACGCUCACCUUCGCUCCCUCACAGCUUGUGGUUCAGUAUGCAGAUGGUUCUGCUGGAAAGAAACCAGAGGGGCAGGCCAAGGGUGUGCUGAACGGGGAACUGGAGGUGGUCAAACAUGCAAAAGCCUCCAGUCAGCCACCAAACCAUCAGCAGGUCCAGAGCUACGAGACCAGACACAUCCUGCUUCCUGCCGACUACGCCCAAAACCCUGCAGGACUCCAGACCUCCCUGGUGCUUGUGGCUCAGCCCAACCAUGGAGCUGAACAUGAACCUGGCUCAAAUAAGAUCUCUUUAGUCCAGACUGAGAAAGGAGGCAUUUGUUUGGGGAAACCAGUGUCCAGAUCGUCCUCUUUCACUUCCCUCUCUUCCUCCGAGGUGGUAAAAUCUGUUGCUCCCCAUACCGUCAUCCAGACCACCAUCCCCCCUGAGGAGCUGCCAGCCAACCUUUACUCGUCCACGCAGCCGCCCAUCAUCGGCUACAUCACCAGCGCAAACCAGCACGCUGUUAGCUACCAUGCGGCGCUGCCACAGCAUCUGGUCAUCCCAAGCGGCCAGUCCCUCCUCAUCCCAGUCAGCAGUGCCAACAACGGCACAGAAAUGGAGGUUAGUCGCACUGUCAGCGCACUGACCGCCACCACUACCCCUCAAAUAUCCACCGCCAUGCCGCACGCCUAUCUGGCCACGGCCCUGUCCAAGUGUGAUGCGCUUGGGCCAGAUGGAAACCAACCACCACCUGCUGUUGCACAGGCUCCAGCAUUGCCAGUGCUGCCCUCAAACCCUGUUCCUACAGUGGUGGCAGCUCCUUCCCCAACUCCCACCAGUGUUUCUACUCCUGCCCCUGCCGCCAUCCAAGCCUCGCCAUCCAUUUCCUCUCCCUCUUCCCCUGUGGCGCUUCCUCCGUUCUUCAUGCGAGGCUCCAUCAUCCAGCUGGCCGAUGGGGAGCUGAAGCGUGUGGAGGACCUCAAGACGGAGGACUUCAUCCAGAGCGCUGAGAUCAGCAGCGAGCUGAAGAUCGACUCCAGCACCGUGGAGCGAAUCGACAGCGGACAAAGUCCUAAUGCUGUGGUCAUUCAGUUUUCUGUGGGAGAGCUCAAAGCCCAGGUGUGUGUGGAAGUGCUGGUGGAAUAUCCUUUCUUCGUUUUCGGCCAAGGCUGGUCGUCGUGUUGCCCCGACCGGACCACGCAGCUGUUUGAACUGUCCUGUGCUAAGCUCUGCGUGGGCGACGUCUGCGUGUCGCUGACCCUCCGCGGUUUGAGGAACGGAUCUCUAACAGACAGCCAGGUUCUGGGGGCGAAGCUGAAGACCGGCCACCUCUCCGACUCCUGCCACAACGUGGACCCCAAUGUAAGGAACAGUGUGAGUCCGAACGCCGCAGGCAGUAACGGCGGCCUCCUCAUGAAGUCCUCCAGCGCCGACCGGCUGGAGAGGCAACACGUUGCCGGAUCGGGACCAGGAGGGGAACUACAGGCGGGAUUAGUUCAAGGACAGGUGGAGGGGAUCUACAGAGCCGGACCAGGAGAAGUAAGACAGGAAUCAGUGAAAACAGACACCCACUCUAAACUGCAAUGUGGCGAUCCAGAGAGACCCACAGUCCGCAAGAGACGCUGGUCAGCCCCAGAGCGAGACCAGACGGAGAGAGCUGAGGACGAGCCUCCCGUGACUCUGCCCAAACCCUCCUUCAUCCCUCAGGAGGUCAAAAUCAGCAUAGAGGGCCACUCUAGUACUGGGAGCGACAGAUGCUUGAACAAAAGAGUAGACUGCUGAGAGAAUUCUGAGGAAUUUUAAAUACCUGUGGUUUGCUUUGUGUUUACCCUCUCCCUCCUCUUGUCUUUUCUCUCUAUCCAGAACUACUGUAAUAUAGACUGAGUUUACGCAGUAUUUACAUGUUUUCUUUCACACGAUAUCUAAGAUGAAGUACAGUCGAGCACCUUCAUGAGUGGUAUCACACACAAGAUCAGUGCAAUCAAUGCUGAAAGCAAAAACGAAUGCAGUGUGAAUGUGGAGCGUGAAUGGCAGUCCGACACCUGAGAGACGUGCGUGUUACAUAUCAUGAGCAGGAUCUCUUUUGUUCAACCUGUUGGAUGCAGACCGCUUAACCGUUUCUCUGAUGACACGAACAAGCACAGACCCCGAUGUUAGCGUGUAGACUAUAUUCAGAGUCUUUGUUUCACUGUUUAGUCUGUUUGAAGAGACGUGAGCGGCGGCAAGGCGGCAGAUCUUUGGUGUUUUAUUGACACUAAAUCAUCCCGGCUGUGAUCUCCGCCGUCUUGUGCACCUUAAUGAAGCUAUUAGUUUAAUAUUAUCGCAUUCAUUUCCAUUUUCAUACCAUUACAAAUGCUACUGCAGGUGGCCUUGUCCCUCUGUGUCGCUGUGUGUUUGUGUGUUUCUCUGUGCGUGCUGUCAAACAGAUCACAGGAUUCAGGUGUGUGUGUGUGUGUGUGUGUGUGUGUGUGUGUGUGUGUGUGUGUGUGUGUGUGUGUGUGUGUGUGUGUGUGUGUGUGUGUGUGUGUGUGUGUGUGUGUGUGUGUGUGUGUGUGUGUGUGUGUGUGUGAUGCUGGUAAACCUGCAAAUCCGAACUGAAAAGGCCUGAAUGUAAACCACUCGAUUUGUCCUCAGAGAGUUAGAUCCCAGUGCUUUUGCAGUAUAUCGGUGACAGCAGUUGCAUUCCUCUGGUGAAGUUGUCUUAGCUGGAUUCAUUGACCUUCAGCUGUAAUCUCAUAUUUCCUCUAAGUGACUGCAUAUUUCACCAGCUUACAUGCAUCUUUCUUUAGCCGUGGCUUCAAUGUGCAGCUUUUCAAACGGUGAACAAUCAAGGUAAUUCUAUCCAACACUGCUGAAUGCAUUUUUAGCCCUUUCGCUACAAUACAUAACACUUGACAGAAGGCUUGAUAUGGCAAACUCGUAACAAUCAGUUGUGCAACAACAGAUGCUUGAUUAUUUUAUAAAUGCUGUCAGAUCCAACAUCUUUUCCCAUGCAGAGGCCUGUACUACAAAGCAAGCUCAACAUAUCCAGGAUAUCUUUCAUUAUCUGGCUUGGCUACACCUAACAAGAACACUAAACAGUCACAAUAAGCUUGUUAAGUCAGCCCAGGGCUCUGGAAUCAAGUUCUCAUCGUAGAGAUGGUGUUGCCAUCAGAUGACCAAACAUAGAUGAAUCUAGAGUCACAUUUUUCCUAAACAAAGAAUAAACAAUAAUCGUAAACCAAUAUGAGGAAUUUAAAAAUAUAACGUAUCCUAAAAGCUGCCAAAUAUCACCGCCCCGUCCUUAAGCCAUGACUAUUUUUGACUAAUAUUGGGCUUCAACUGUGUAUUUAAAUAAACGUGUUGCUUAGAUUUAGCCUAUUACUAUGGCAUACAAUAGAAUUUUAGUCUUAUUCUCGGGGUCUUGGGAUCAAGGGAAGGACAAAUGUAAACGCAAAGUUUGAACCAGUUAGUAAGUUUUCAGAAAAUCUCCAACAGGUACAAGAUUUUUGCACUAUGCCAGGGCCUGUUUUUGGUUUAUAUCGCUAUACAAACGCAAUACAAAUUUCUAGCAGUUAACAGGAAGAAAAUAAAGCAAGGAAGACUGGAAUACAUAUCCAAAAAAGAUAGUCAUCUGGGAAAGAGAAAACAUUUAGAUGGUCUCUAAAACUCUUAACUUCUUAAGAGACCUUCUAGCUAUUUAUGCACCAAGCUCCACGAGGUCUUCUAGGAAUUGCAGCAACACUUUCCAAGAAAAUUUGAGAGAGAUUUGAUCCGUUAUCGUUACAAAACCUGCUCCAGAGAAGUUUCACUGUGCAGAAUGAGUUAGAAUGGAAGUGAGCCCCCAUCGUAACCUCAAAAACGCGAUUAAACCACAAGUUACCUCGCUAACCUUAAAUCCUGCUUUGUAGUACAGGCCUCUGCUCUGCUGUCUGACCCAGCCUUUGCCACAAAUCACUGCAGAGCAUCAAUCUAGCAUCAGCCAUGUGCAAUCACUCAUCCAGCAGACACAGAGCAACUUCAUUCGGAGAGGUGCUUCAGGCGACCUAUCGUUCUUUCUGGAUUUAUUUUUGUAUCAUCCGGCUCCUAAGAAAUGCAUGUGACUCUUGCUGAAUCCUGCAUCACCAGCUAGUUGCUAAUUGGCUUGUUUGGUGCUUGGUACUGUGCAAAUAGUCGACGUCUUAGUGAAAACAGCUGCCUUGUGUAAAUGGCGCAGCCCGUAAAAUCACAUUAAUAAGCUGAAGGAUGUUAAAAAGCUCCGUUGAGCUGCAGUCGGGUAAUAAUCUCUUUUUUGUUCGGUGUGAGCGACCCCUCUCAUUGCAGUCUACCUUGCUUUCAUUCUAGAAACUAUGGCCUUAGAUAUAUAUAUACAGUGUAGUUCACAGCAGCACUUGGUUUUUAGGGUUUUACCAUUAAAACCUCAGUGACGGUAUGCCUUCCUCAAGUCCAUACCUGUUAAAUCUGCUGUUUUUUGAUAUAAAACGGCAAACUCGGAUAGAUUACAUGCCAUUUUCUUUCUUAGAGUAAAGAAAUAUCCUCUAGUUCAUACUCAGGAACAGUGUGUGUCUGUUUGUGCGUGUGUGUGGGUCACUUGUAUGUGUGUGUUUUAAAACAGCAGCACUUUGACGAAGCAUCCAGCCGGAGCGUGGUGGUGAUGGUGGUGAUGGUGGUGUUCCUCUUCCUCAGAUAGUUAGACAGAGACUGUUUCUCAUCACAUCACAGGUUUAUCACUGAGAGGGAACAUUAUAAACCGGGGCAGGGAAUGUAAAACACACAUCGGCCAAGCUAUCUCAACUUUAUUUUUGAUGAUUUAUAGAGUUACUAUUCAGAGAAUGAAAAACAAGGAGAGUCGCAACUAAGCCAGCUAGUGUCGAUCGUGUACAGUAAAUCCCUAGAAAGUGUACAGUGUGUAUUUCUAACCCUUAUGUAGCCUAUGUACUGUAUGUGCCACAGCGCCUGCUUCUUCAAUCAUUCCAUUAAUUCACCGAUAACUGAGUCGUCCUGCUAUUGUUUUUUUGUUUGCUUUUUUGUCGGUUCUUGAAUGUUGCUGUAAGUUUUAUGGGAACAUCUACACAACCGGGCCUCCUCAGAAUCCAUUCAACUAGCACACUGCGAGUAUGUGUGAUUACGGACUGCAGUUUGCAUCGUAAUAGCCAUUGUUUAAAAAAAAAAAAAAAAAAAAACAGUAAAUGAGACUGUUCUGUUUGUGUUUGAAUGCUCAGGCUAAACACUGCCCAGUGACUGUUCUCCUCCAGAAACGAUGUGGUCUUAAAUCCCUCACUGUUACAGAGCAAAGCUACUGUUUGAUCUGUUUAUCUUUGUAGCUGUUUUCUUCUCUGUUAGCCUGGCCCGUGUUUGUACUUUCCUAAAAAAAAAUAAUUAUUAUUUUUCGACCUGAAGUGACACCAUGGCACAGACAAAUCUGAGAAAAGUGGAGCUGAUGUUUAAUAGAGAAAGUCGGCUACAUUUUUUAUAUUGUCAACAAAUCCCAUCCUAUUAAAACCACAAAUCUUUAAAACUAAAGUAUCUAGUUUCAUUGUUUUUUAAAAUUAUUUUAUGACAACCUUAAUGCCAUUUGCACCCAUGUGGUUGUGCAUUUACCACUGACUUACUACAUUUUUUUAUAAAUAGCCUGGCACUGCAUAUUUUAUAUAACUCAUUAGGAACUAUUUUUAGCAGUGGAUUGAUACAGUUAAGCCAGAAAUGAUUAACAACUGUGCCAAAUUUUGAUUUAGAGUGACUUUUAAUUUGAUCAGUAGGCUUCUUCUGGCUGGAAAUGGCAUAAACAAGCUACAAAAGACAGCAACACAGUUUGUUAGAGACGUUUAUGAAAAAUGUUAACUGUUUCUUGAUUUUUUUUUUUGUUAAAAAAAUGUCCUGUCCAAAAUUAUUCAUACGCUCAAAUGCAAUUGUUUUGCCGUACCGUAUUUUGUCACUUGUUUAUGCAAUUUCCAGACGAAGCCUAUUGGUCGAACUAAAAUAUCAAAAUUAAGCAUGAGAAAGAAUCAUUUUGGGCUUAACUGUACAUUUGGUGCUCUAGUGAGAAUCUAUAGCACCAGAUUACAGCAUGUGGACCUAACCGAAAAUAAGCUCCAGUGCUGGUAUUCAGCACAUGCAAUGCUCUAGUUAAGUGUGGCUCCUUUAUACAUUUUUAAUAUGUUUCAAUAAGUAUGGGCGGCACACAGUAAUAAAGGCCACACAGAGAAUACUUGGUAGUAAUUCCUUGUUGGUUUUGGCCGUUCCGCGGGAUUUGUUGACAAUAGGAGAAAUAUAUUGCCAACCUUGUCCUUAAAAGCCCUGCAGGCCCACAUAGUUAUUCCUGCUAGUUAGACCUCUGCUCAGCUGUGCAUGCUGUGAAUUAAAUGGCGAGCCGGUGUACGCACGUGAAUAAUAAUAAGUGGACAUUAUCCCACUGCAGCGGGUACACAGACUUGAACAGAGGUCUAAUCAGGAUAAACUAGAGGAAAACACCUGUAAGGUUUUACCACAGGUACCACAUAUGUAGGGGCUUUAAGUUCGAUAUAGUUGGAAAGGUUUCCUAUUAUUAAUAGAUCUUGUUUUCUAAUAAAUGUGUUCAAGCUGGGCCCCUUAAAAUAUGUAAUUUUCACAGCCUUUCUGUACAAUGUUGAAUAUGGCAUAUAAGUGCCGCAUUGUGGUGAUCUAUGGAAUUGCACUUUGACAUAUGUGUGUACGUAUGUGUGUGUGUAUGUAUGUAUGUAUGUAUGGGGGGUGUCAGUGUAACUAAUACACAAAAGUAAUGUACAGCAUGUCUGAGAGGAAUUGUACGCUACCUGUACAACGUCUCAGCGAUUUGUAAAUAGCCAAAGUCUUCCAUUAUAAUGUUGGUAUGACCUUGUGGAGAGGAUGAACACUGAUCCCCAUGUACAGACCUUUGAAGUGAUGUUUAAUUUCAAAAAUACAUCAAUGUUUAUUUGACAGAAACACAAAAUAUUGCUUCACCUAAGAUAUUUUCUUUUGCACCAGCUCAAAAACCCAGGAAACUAUGGGAGUCAAAGACUUAAAAAAAAACAAAAACAAA